UUGUUUCCGUCCAGAUUCCUUAGCGGUUGGACUCAAAUGGAAAUAGCCAGCGUGUGAUAUUUUUCCUUUUUUUUGCCGCAUUGUGUCAGUUUACACUACUGUACACUGAUGUGACGAUAUACAAACAGACAGCGCUGUCUCUUAUUGUUGUAGGAAAUAAUACUUUGUCUAUAAGUCUGUAAAGGGUACAAUUUAGUUGGAACGUUGCGAUUUUAUGACCGGUUAGCGGUGCGGCUACGUGUCGAAACUUGCUGGCUUCAGCCAGACACAAAACCCUGCGACUUUAUUGGCGAUAGAAAAGGAGCUUCUUAAGAUCGUACAUUAAACUAGAAACAUUACAAUUCCACAAAUAUGAAGGAUAACAAACACCAGGAUGUUUUGCUGUCUAUCCGAUAACGAUCGAGUCGGAAUGCCAGAAAGGGGGAACUGGGAAAGAGCUGAGUUUAUCAUGUAGCCAGCUGUUUAGUGAGAGAUCAGAAAUUCAGCCGAUAGUGCGCUCCGUGUGUCUGACUACUGUAGAUAAAAAUCCUUCUAAACAGCAAUAAAGCUUUCGAUAGAACCAAGAUGAUGUACUCUUCCCGGAGAAAACCAGUGCUCUACUUUAAAGAGGACAGAAGAUUUCUAUGGAAAAAAUGCACAGUGCUGAAGCUGUUCGGUCUCUGCAUGGUGCUCGCCCUCGGCUCUCUUCUCUGGCUGCAGCUGAGCUGUUCGGCUGACCUGAACCAGGCGCUGCUGGCUGAUGGUCCACCUCAUCAGUCAUGUCCUUCAGAGAGACAGGCUGCAACCGUUGACGACUCCUCAUGGGGCCCUCACAAAAUGGCCGUCAUCAUUCCCUUCAGGGAGCGUUUUGAAGAACUUCUCAUUUUUGUGCCGUACAUGCACGCUUUUCUCAACAAAAAGAAAAUACGACACAAGAUUCUUGUCAUCAACCAGGUGGAUCAUUUACGCUUCAACAGAGCCUCUCUCAUCAACGUUGGCUACAUGGAGAGUGGAAAUGAUACAGACUACAUAGCGAUGCAUGAUGUGGACUUGCUGCCUCAGAAUGAAGCUCUAGACUACGGAUUCCCAGAGGAGGGACCCUUCCACGUAGCAUCACCAGAGCUUCACCCACUGUAUCACUAUAAAACGUAUGUAGGAGGGAUUCUGCUGCUUACCAAGAAACACUUUCAAAUGUGCAAUGGAAUGUCUAAUCGCUUCUGGGGUUGGGGAAGAGAAGACGACGAGUUCUUCAGAAGACUGCGAACAGCAGAGCUGCAGCUCUUCAGGCCAAAAGGAAUAACGACAGGUUACAAAACGUUCAGGCACAUUCACGACCCUGCCUGGAGGAAGAGAGACCAGAAGAGGAUAGCUGCACAAAAACAGGAACAAUUUAAAAUUGACCCAGAGGGUGGUCUGACCAAUCUGCGCUACAAGGUGGAGUCUCGACAGGAGCUGAUGAUCAGCGGCGCCCCCUGCACCGUCAUCAGCACCUCACUGGAGUGUGACAUCAGCCAAACUCCCUGGUGCCAGUUCAGCUAACACGCCUGCCCUGCUGAAGUGUUAUGCCAUGACAAUGACAUGUAUUGGGUCAUUGGUGUGGUCAUUUCGCUUAAAUAACUCGGUUAUUUAAUCUGGAAUAACGAAAACAAGACAAACAGACACUGAGGUUUUAUUGCUACUGGACAGUAUUAUGAUAAUCUUUGAUGAAACUGCCUCUUUUAUUUUUGGACAAAACUGAACUGUCAGACGUUUCCAGUACUGCACUGAGGACACGUCAGCAAUGUUACUACUAAUAUGAGCUCUCAUGGUAUGAAUUUCAAAAGUUGAGUUUCAGACCGAUGAAGCUGAAGCAAUGGCAUUUCCUUGGACUCUUUUUCAUGGUGCAGUAAUUAAAAUUUUAUUUGUGUAUGCUGAGUUUUGAAUGAACAGCUUGAUGCUGAUAUACAUAAAAAACGGUUUAAGGGUACUUUGAGGACAUUUGCACACUUCAUAUUUAUAUAAAACGUCCAGUCUGCUUAGUUUUUAUACCAAGUAUUAUCCCAUGUCCAGAAGUUAGUUGGUUUGGGCUUGAUUAAAUCAUGAAUGCCGCUGCAAGGCUGCCGUUUUGGAAGGUUUAAGGAGAGAGGAGCAUGUCUGCAGUAUCUUUACCAGAGAUGUCUAAAAGUCUCUUGACCUUUUGAUGGUAAAGGAUGCAACAUGCUGUGACGUGGAUGGCGCAGGCAGUGGUGUCAUUUCAUGGUGUCAAGAAUGUGUUCAAUGACUUGAAUGAGUUUUGAAAAGAGCAAUUGAAUCACUUUCAAAGAUUAUUAAAUGGGAUUAUUACAAGUUAUAUGUU